GAAAAGACGAAAAACGAAAAGACGAAUAGACGAGAAAAAAAGAAAAGACAAAAAGAUGAAAGUUCAAAGACGAAAGCCAGAAGACGAAAAAUGAAAGGACGAAAGCUGCAAAACGUAAAACGAAAAACGAAAGUUGAGAGAUAAUUGCCGAAAGACGAAUAGACAAGACGAAAAUACGAAAAAGACGAAAAACGAAGGACGAAAGGCGAAAGGCGAAAGACGAAAAGACUAUAAGAUGGAGAGGCGGAAAGACGAAAAGACGAAAAACGGAAAGCCGAAAAGACAAAAGCAUGAAAAGAAGAAAAGACGAAAAGACAAAAAGACCAAAGACGAAAGAUGAAAAGACGAAAAGACAAAAAACGAAAGGACGAAAAGACGAAAAAAAGAAAAAAAACGAAAGGACGAAAAGACGAAAAGACAAAAAACGAAAGGACGAAAAGACGAAAAGACGAAAAGACGAAAAGAUGAAAAGACGAAAAGACGAAAAGACGGAAAGACGGAAAGACGAAAAGACAAAAAGACAAAAAGACAAAAAGACAAAAAGACGAAAAGACGAAAAAAGAAAAGACGAAAAGACGAAAAGACGAAAAGACGAAAAGACGAAAAGACGAAAAGACGAAAAGACGAAAAGACGAAAAGACGAAAAGACGAAAAGACGAAAAGACGAAAAGACGAAAAGACGAAAAGACAAAAAGACAAAAAACGAAGGGACGAAAAGACAAAAAGACGAAAAGACAAAAAAACGAAAAGACGAAAAGACCAAAAAACGAAAAGACGAAAAUAAUAAAAGACAAAAAACGAAAGGACGAAAAGACGAAAAACGAAAGUUGAAAGAUAAAUGCCGAAAGACGAAAAUACGAAAAGAUGAGAAAAAGAAAAGACGAAAAGACGAAAAGACGAAAAGACGAAAAGACGAAAAGACGAAAAGACGAAAAGACGAAAAGACGAAAAGACGAAAAGACGAAAAGGCGAAAAGACGAAAAGACGAAAAUACGAAAAAACAAAACACGAAAAGACGAAAAGAUGAAAAGACGAAAAGACAAAAAACGAAAGGACGAAAAGACGAAAAGAUGAAUAGACGAGAAAAAAAGAAAAGACAAAAAGAUGAAAGUUCAAAGACGAAAGACGAAAGUCAGAAGACGAAAAAUGAAAAGACGAAAGACGAAAGCUGCAAAACGUAAAACGAAAGUUGAGAGAUAAUUGCCGAAAGACGAAUAGACAAGACGAAAAGACGAAAAAAGGCGAAAGACGAAGGACGAAAGGCGAAAGGCGAAAGACGAAAAGACUAUAAGAUGGAGAGGCGGAAAGACGAAAAGACGAAAAAACGGAAAGCCGAAAAGACAAAAGCAUGAAAAGAAGAAAAGACGAAAAGACAAAAAGACCAAAGACGAAAGAUGAAAAGACGAAAAGACAAAAAACGAAAGGACGAAAAGACGAAAUAAAGACAAAAAACGAAAGGACGAAAAGACGAAAAGAUGAAAAGACGAAAAAACGAAAGGACGAAAAGACGAAAAGACGAAAAGACGAAAAGACGAAAAGACGAAAAGACGAAAAGACGGAAAGACGAAAAAAGGAGAAAAAGACAAAAAGACG